AUGACCCCUCUGGUUUUUCUCCGUAGAGCCUGCAGUCCAACCUGCAGUAGGCUACAACCCGUCACGAGAGGUAGGCUCUUGGCCUCGUUCUCGACCAGCACGCCAUGGUCCCGAUCCUCUCCGAUAUCAUCCUCCUUUCCUCCACCCCGACGAUCCUUCCAUUCGACACGGUCGCUUGACUCGAAUCCCCCGCGCAUCUCAUACCGCAUUGCCGCUUCAUCCUCCGGCAAAGGCCGUCGUUUCCACCCCGCAAAGAACACGUCCGACUUUGAUCCCCAGCGCCACCAUGCCAUUGGGGUGGCCACAGAUGUGAAGAGUCCGGCCAUCCGGCGCCAACGGAGGCCUGAUAGUGGAGAGGAUGCAUACUUCGUGAGCAGAGUCGGCCAACACGAUAACGGAGCGGUCGCCUUUGCCGUCGCAGACGGGGUAGGAGGCUGGGCGGAGUCUCGAGUCGAUCCUGCGGACUUCUCACACGCGCUGUGUGGAUAUAUGGCGGAAUCCGCCAUUGAUUGGAACGCCCCGGCGGAACAAUUGCGUGCAAAGAGCCUCCUCCAGGCCGGCUACGAUCAAGUUGUUGCCGAUGAAUCGAUUCGCGCUGGCGGUUGCACCGCCUCGGUGGGUAUCGGCUUGGACGAUGGACGGGUCGAACUGGCAAAUUUAGGUGAUUCAGGCUCAGUCCUUCUACGUCUUGCUGCCGUACAUCACUACUCGAUCCCGCAAACCCACGGCUUCAAUACGCCCUACCAGCUUAGCAUCAUUCCACCGCGGAUGCGCAAGCAAGCAUCUAUUUUCGGUGGUGCCUUCCUCGAAGACUUUCCGCGCGACGCGGCCGUCACCAACCUCCACAUGCAGCAUGGCGACGUGCUCCUCCUUGCAACAGAUGGCGUCUUCGACAACCUCAAUAACCAGGACAUCCUUAAGCUCAUAACCAGUCGGAUGGUACUCACAGGCGCCUGGACCGCCACACCCGACGUUGGAAUCAAACCCUCUACCGAUCUCGAUCAACUUACUGGUCCUGAGGGCCUUGCCUCCCUCAUCCCAUCAUCAUCCACCCAAACUUCCCAACAGCAGCGCUCCACAAGCAAGAGCCACCUAUACAGCCUUCCAUCCCUCCUCGCCGCCACCAUUGCCGGUGAAGCCAAAUUGGCCAGCGUGGAUAUGCGCCGCGACGGACCCUUUGCCAAAGAAGCCCAACGAUAUUACCCCGGCGACUGGUACCGUGGCGGGAAAGUGGAUGAUAUUGCUGUCUUGGCUGUGGUGGCUGUGGAAGAAGGUUACAAUCCACCGCCGUGA